AUGAGAGCCUUCUUUCUAGUCUUCGCUACCGCGGCAGCCGCAUCAACAUCUUAUCUAACAUGGGCAGCGGAUUCGUUCAUUCAACGCGGAGUGAUGGCUACCCGUUACUACGGAGAAGCGACGCUAUAUGAAGGUUACGAGGCCGCAUACGCGCUCACUAAGAACAAGGCCUACGUCGACUGGUAUCAGGAGCAGAUUGAUGAUGCGGUGGUUCUCGACAACGGCACGAUCCGGGGUUGGAAGUACGACUACUACUCCCUGGACGACUAUCGCAUAGGCAAUAACCUCGUGUGGUGGUAUGAACGCACAGGAGACGUCAAAUACAGAAACGCCGCGGACAUCAUCCGGAAGCAACUGCAGCGGCACCCGCGCACGCCUACCGGAGGUUUCUGGCAUAGAGACCCGGACUACCCAGAUCAGAUGUGGCUCGAUGGAAUAUUCAUGGCCGACAGCUUCUACGCGAAAUGGACCUAUUUGUUCGAUGCGGAGAAUAGGUCUGCGUGGGAUGACAUAGCGCUUCAGUACGAUACUAUCGAAGCGCAUACCCGAAACCACACCUCGGGGCUGCUUGUGCACGGCUACGAUGAGAGCAAGAAAGCCGUAUGGGCGGACCCCGUCACGGGCGCGGCGCCGCUGGUGUGGAGUCGCGCUGUGGGCUGGUACUUUAUGAGUCUGCUGGAGGUCAUACCCCUAUUUCCCGAGUCACACCCCGGGCGCGCCCGGCUCGUCGGGUACUUCACCACUCUUGCGGCAGCCCUCAAGAGGGCACAGGACGAGAAGUCCAAUGGCUGGUGGCUGAUUAUGAGCGAGCCGUACCCCGGGGCGCAGGGCAAUUAUAUCGAGAGUAGCGCGUCGGCCAUGUUCACUUUCGGUUGGUUGAAGGGCAUUAGACUAGGUCUAAUCGCCGCAGAUGACUUCCUCGAGCCAGCGCUCAAGGCGUAUCGCGGUUUGGUAGAUCGCUUCGUUGAAAUCGACGAUGACGAUGCAUUGAACUGGGAGGGGACUGUGGAGGUUGGUUCUUUGGGUAGUAAUGGAACCUACGAGUAUUACAUCUCGAUUCCGUUAGAAGAAAACGACCAUAGAGGCGCAGGGUCUUUUAUGUUAGCGUCUUAUGAACUGGAGAAGCGCCACUAG